GGUCAAGCGGAGAGCAUUUAGCCUCCUCCGACGCUGCCAAGGUAGCGGCGUCACCUUUAAGGCGGCGCGGGGGCUGUUGGGAAGGCCGGCGGGAUGGAGGCGGCGGGACCGGAUCACCGCUGCGGGUCCCGGUGAGGCUGGUGGCAGCCGGAACGGGAGCGGGAGCCGGGCCCGAGCCGUAGGCGCAGGUCGGCGCGGGCCAAUCGGGCCGGGAAAGGAGCCCCAGCCCGGCGUCCGCUGCCCGCCCCCUCCCUUUGCAGGCGGCACGAUCAUGGCCAUGAUGGUGCUUCCGCGGGAGGAGAAGCUGAGCCAAGAUGAGAUCGUGCUGGGUACCAAGGCUGUCAUCCAGGGACUGGAGACCCUGCGCGGGGAGCAUCGUGCCCUGCUGGCGCCUCUGGUCGCGCAUGAGGCUGGCGAGGCAGAGCCUGGCUCGCAGGAGCGCUGUGUCCUCCUGCGCCGUUCCCUAGAGGCUAUUGAGCUGGGCCUAGGGGAGGCCCAGGUAAUCCUGGCACUGUCAAGCCACCUGGGAGCUGUAGAGUCAGAGAAGCAGAAGCUCCGGGCACAGGUGAGGCGCCUGGUACAGGAGAACCAGUGGCUUCGUGAGGAGCUGGCAGGGACACAACAAAAGCUUCAGCGCAGUGAGCAGGCCGUGGCCCAGCUUGAGGAGGAGAAGCAGCACCUGCUGUUCAUGAGCCAGAUCCGCCAGCUGGACGAAGACACCUCCCCCAAUGAGGAGAAGGGAGACAUUCCCAAAGAUUCCCUGGACGACCUGUUCCCCAAUGAGGAUGAGCAGAACCCAGCCCCCAGCCCUGGUGGAGGAGACGUGGCUGCUCAGCAUGGGGGCUAUGAAAUCCCAGCACGACUCCGUACCCUGCACAACUUGGUGAUUCAGUACGCCUCACAGGGCCGCUACGAGGUGGCUGUGCCACUCUGUAAGCAGGCACUUGAGGACCUAGAGAAGACAUCUGGCCAUGACCACCCUGAUGUGGCCACCAUGCUCAACAUCCUGGCACUAGUCUAUCGGGAUCAGAACAAGUACAAGGAGGCUGCCCACCUGCUCAAUGAUGCCCUGGCCAUUCGGGAGAAGACACUGGGGAAAGACCACCCAGCUGUGGCUGCAACGCUAAAUAACCUGGCAGUCCUGUACGGCAAGCGGGGCAAGUACAAGGAGGCCGAGCCUCUGUGCAAGCGGGCACUGGAGAUCCGGGAGAAGGUCCUAGGCAAGUUUCACCCAGACGUUGCCAAGCAGCUGAGCAACCUGGCCCUGCUGUGCCAGAACCAGGGCAAGGCAGAGGAGGUGGAGCACUACUACCGCCGGGCACUAGAUAUCUAUGCUGCACGCCUUGGGCCCGAUGACCCCAACGUGGCCAAGACCAAGAACAACCUGGCUUCUUGCUACCUGAAGCAGGGCAAAUACCAGGAUGCAGAGACCCUGUACAAGGAGAUCCUCACCCGAGCUCAUGAGAAGGAGUUUGGCUCUGUAAACGGGGACAAUAAGCCCAUCUGGAUGCAUGCAGAGGAACGAGAGGAGAGCAAGGAUAAGCGCCGGGAUAGCGCCCCUUAUGGGGAAUAUGGCAGCUGGUACAAGGCCUGUAAAGUAGACAGUCCCACGGUCAACACGACCCUGCGCAGCUUGGGGGCCCUAUACCGGCGCCAGGGCAAACUGGAGGCUGCGCAUACCCUGGAAGACUGUGCCAGUCGCAGCCGCAAGCAGGGCCUGGACCCUGCCAGCCAGACCAAGGUGGUAGAACUGUUGAAAGAUGGCAGUGGUGGGCAGGGAGACCGCCGUGGCAGCCGAGAUGUGGCCGCAGGUGCCGGGCCUCGUUCUGACUCUGACCUGGAGGAGGCAGGGCCUGCAGCUGAGUGGAGUGGGGAUGGCAGCGGCUCCUUGCGGCGUAGUGGCUCCUUUGGGAAGCUUCGGGAUGCCCUGAGGCGCAGCAGUGAGAUGCUGGUGAAGAAGUUGCAGGGGGGUGGUCCCCAGGAUCCCCCUAACCCCAGGAUGAAGCGGGCCAGUUCCCUCAACUUCCUCAACAAGAGUGUGGAGGAGCCAGUCCAGCCCGGAGGCCCAGGUCUGUCUGACAGCCGCACUCUCAGCUCCAGCUCCAUGGACCUCUCCCGACGAAGCUCCCUCGUGGGCUAAUCCUGAAGGGGCAGCCAGUCCCCAGAGCCUCAGCCCUGCGUGUCCCAACCCCAGUCCUGCGCAUGGGCCCGCUGCUUAUCCCGCCUAUCUCUCCCAAGGCCCCUGUCUUUUCUGUUCAAUCUCAGGGUAACCUCCUCUCUUGUCAUCUCAGCCUGAACCCCGGAGGCUGGGCCUGCCCACUCUAGCUCUGUCCUUUAUUUAUUCCUUCUAGCAGGGCCCCUCCUCCCCUGGUCCGGGUGGGCAGGAGGAGCUGGCAGGAGUGUCCACCCUCCCCAGACCCCACAGCCAAGAACACUAAGCACUGCAGUCCUUUCAAUGCCCUUGCCCUCCCCACCCCAUCCCAUCCUUCCCUCCCGGCCGUUGCUUCUGUAUAUAGAGAAAUAAGUUAUUGGCCGCGCCCCUGCCUUCAGUCCACGGUACUACCCGGGCCUCCCUCGCCCCGCCCUUCUCCGUGGUACCGCCCAGGCCUUAAUCACCCCAUUCUGCGCGGUGGUAUCUCCCAGGCUCCACGUACCCAGGAGCGGCGUUUCCCCAAAGCGUUCCCGGGCCUCUCGCACUCCUCCUGGCCUACGGGAUACCCGCCCUGCCCCGCCACGGCCGCAGGACGGAGGAUCUUCCCGCUAGUGCGUGCUCCGCCGAGUCUGCCCCGCGUCCCGGCCCUAUGCACUGCCCCUCCCGCCUCGCCACGCCCCCUCCGUGCCUGCAGCUUCCGCGAGCGGCCGUGACGGCCAGCUGCGGGAGGGGCCGCCCCAGAUGUGGGGCCUCGGCGGCCGCUCUCUAUUUUAAAAUGUUGCUGUAGAAAUAAAGACGGUUUGAAUCUGA